GCGAGAUGAGAAACUAGGUACGACUAUGAACCGACUAAAUGCACGCGCAAGGUUUUCGAAAUCGUCCAGCCCUAUCACGGGCAGGACCGGGCUUCUGCAGUCUACUGGUCACAUUUGAUCUUCUUUUUCUGGGCAAUCCAGCAAAUGCACCCGCCACCAAAACCUCGCGACAGAUUGCGUACGCGGUCCGCUGAAGGGUUUUACUUGCCUUGGAAUGUGCUGAGUGAGAGCGGCGCCGUCAAUCGUUCCCGGCCCAUGGCAGCCUUCAAAGGUCCACACUACCCGUCGUUCUACGUGUUACGAUUCAGGCCAUCUCUAACGGGCACGACAAUCCCUGCGUCCCAUUGCCUCACACCCCCACAGCACGGCAGUUCCCUGUGCCCGCAGCAUCUUGGAAGCGGACGCUUGCGCUCACGCGCGUGCAGCUUGGGCGCCCAUACCAAAGGCGCUACUUGUGCAGCAGUGCGGCUCCUGGAUCCUGCACGCUUAAGUCGCAUAUCGUCUACCCCUCGCCCGCCUAUCGACCCCUUCAUACACGGUGAACCGCCUAGGACCACAAUACUCUCGACUCUCAGGAGAUCCAUACACUGCGACGCCACUAUUGUGCGCGUGAGCCACGCUGCGAGCCGGCUGCCAGUGCGUCUUCGAAACCCCGGCAUGCCAGACAUCGUCUCCACCUACCAUCCCUAUGCGCCUUCUGCCCUGAUCUGCCGUAUAACCUAACGACGCCGCGGCGUCGCGGAGAUUUCCCUUGCGCUACAGGAUUCUGCAGUGCAUCUAUUCUCGAUUUCGCAUUCUUUGUGUUUAGUUCUGGCCUUUCCGCGAUUUCUUCCGUCCGCCGGCCCUCUGGACAUUCUGGACCGUCAUCGCGCGCCGCUACUAUUGGCUGCUCACCGACCACCGCACACAACCUCAUCGACUUAGUGGAUAGCCGACAACCCCGCUGCUUGCAACCACUGCGCCAGGCCUUGCGCUGUCACUCCGGACCGGCUCGUUGUACCUAUUAACGUUAUGCCCCCGGAGACCACUGGACGGCCACUGCUGCCA